AAUCGCAGCAAAGUCACACAACAAUGGCGGCUCAAUCAUGGCAUUCAAAAGCUAGAUUGGCCAGCUCUAUCUCCAGAUCUGAAUUCAAUAGAAAAUAUUUGGUAUUCAAUGAAGUUGAGCGUACCGAAAAUGUGCCACGCGGGUAUGUCUGACGAACAGCAUACCCAAGCAAUCCGAGAUACUUGGGAGUCUAUCGAUUACAACAUCAUCAAUAAGUCGGUGGAUUCUAUGUCAAGAGGAUCAAGGCAGUGCUGGAGGUGAAGGGCCGCUCAACUCGGUGGUAAUCAGAAGGUAUGGGGGUGGUAAACGUAGAAACACAUAUGAUUUUUACAUUUGUGAAUCAUAGUUAGGAAGCAAAGAUUAUCAAAGAUAGACAAUAGACAAUAGCAUCAUUUGACACUAUUCAAUAUAUUCUAUUCAUCUUAUUUAUCAUCAUUAAGCAUAUCCAGUAGUGCGGAUCUCUAAAAUUGUUCAAAUUUUCGUGUCGGGUGACUGUAGCAG